AUGACAGACGUAGAGAACGCACUCUCUGUAGCAGAACGAGGAGAACUGAGGCGCUCCCUGGCAGCUACAAAAGACCCAUACAUCGCCGCAAUCCCGAAAGUCGAACUCCACAUUCACAUAGAAGGUAUCAUAAGUGCAGAUCUGAAAUGGAAGUUCUCGCAGCGAAACGACCGACCAAUCAUCAACCCGCGAACCGGUCAACCUUUCUCUUCACUUGCUGAGCUUCGAGAUUCUCAUGACACCCUGAAGCCGCGUACGGGGAACCGCAUGGAUAACAGUGAAGAGACUUUGUCCUUUUUCGAGGCUUACUAUGGUGGCUUUGAGGUUCUCAAGACUCAGCAGGAUUAUUACGAUCUUGCUAUGGAUUACUACGAACAUGCUGCAGCAAUGAACGUGCGAUAUGCCGAGAUCUUCUUUGAUCCACAAGGCCAUACGCGUGUUGGAACGAGUUGGGAGAUGAUGAUGGAAGGUUUCCGAGGAGCGCAGCGGAAAGCUGAACAGGACCUCAACGUGAAGUCUGCUUGGAUCAUGUGCUUCCUUCGGGAUGAAACACUAGAGUCCGCAAUGGAACACUAUGACGCAGCACUCAAAUACCGCGAUAUGAUAGUAGGAAUCGGCCUUGACUCCAAUGAAGUUGACAGACCACCAUCGCUUUUUGACGAAGUCUUCUUGAGAGCCAGAAACGAUGGCUUCCGUCUUACGGCGCACUGCGACGUUGGCAAGCCCUAUCCUCUCGAACAUAUCCAUCAGGUGGCGACGAAUAUUGCAGGCACAGGGGCCGAUAGAAUUGACCACGGACUCAAUGCUGCUAGCGAUACAGAUCUCAUGAAUCUUGUCAAGGACAAAAACCUGGGGAUGACCAUCUGUCCCUGGUCGUACAUCCGCCACCAACCAAUAGACGAGGUGUUCCAGCGAAUUCGAACGCUCUUCGACGCUGGCAUUAAGAUUGCUAUUGCAAGCGACGACCCAGCGUUUAUGGAGGAUACAUGGGCGCUGGAGAACUUGCUAGUGGUGAAAAGGUACUGUGGCUUUACAAAUCUAGAGAUUCAAAGGCUGGUGGAGAAUGCUAUAAAGAUUUGCUGGACUUCUGAAGAUGCGAGAGAGGAGAUGUUGCGCGAGCUGUAUAACAUCGAACCGGGAACUUAG